AUGCGGUAUAGCCAGAGCUCGGCGCUUGGGCACUCGGCAAUUGCGGCAGCCAGCGCAUGCAUCCUUGCGUCACCGCGCCUGGGCGUCUCGGGCCCGGGAGAUCCGAACCUUGUGGCGUGCAGAAAUUGUGGAAGGAACUUUGAACCCGACAGUCUGGCAAGACAUGAACCUAUCUGUACCAAAAUCAACAGGAAGAAGAAACGAGUGUUCAAUUCGUACAGGCAGAGAGCUGAGGGGACUGACGUCGGGCCAACGAGAGGAGCAUCAGUUGGGAAGAACAUCCCACCCCCGGUCUCACACUGGAGACAACAACAUGAGGACUUCAUCAGCACUAUCAGAAAUGCCAGGAUGACUACCGAUGCCAUGAAGAAGGGACUUCCUCUUCCUCCACCGCCACCACCCAGCAUUAACCCAGACUAUAUUGAAUGUCCCUAUUGCAACAGGCGUUUCAAUGACACAGCUGCAGAGCGACACAUCAGUUUCUGUAAGACCAACGUCAAUCGCAAAGUGGUGGCCAAGCAGUCUAUCCAGGCUCCAUCCACCCAGCCCAAAGCUCCGUCUCCCAAGGUGCAAGUGCAGAUGGCCUCUAAGCCAACAACAGGUCCCAGCAGAUCUUCCGCUGUGCCAUCAACCUCGCGUGAACCACCAAGGGCACCUCCUGUACGCUCGGCCCCUCCUGUACACUCGGCACCUCCUGCUCGCACCGGGCCAUCGGUUUACUCGCCACAACCAAUGAAGCCAACUCAACAGGUACAGAGCACAUUUGGUACAGAACACACCGGUACAGAACUCACCUGGUGCAGGGACCCUAGUUGGGACAAACACAACACCUGGGACAGGAAUCCUGCCCAAUAAGCAUUCUUAUUUUGCUGCAGCCCCAUUUGGUUGAGGGUAGCUGCUUCCACCAGCUCUGAGGUGAAAGGACAACUCCACAUGCGGGGCCAAGCACUGACAUGCA